AUGCUCCGCCGCCGAGGCGGAAGCCCGCACCUUUGGGCGCGCUGCAUCGGGCCUCGUAAAGUAUGCUCGAUGGGCCGUCGCCGCCUGUGGCUCCCUUUUCCGUGCCCGGAGUGCGAGGAGGAUUUCCGCCGGCGCCAGCGCACGAUGCAGGCCGAGCACGCGAGGGCGGCUGCCGAGGCCAAGUAUAACACGCGCCAGGCAUCGCGCAAGCAGGGCGAGCCGACCGAGUUCACGGAAAUGACGGAGUGGCCCCGAGGUACGUAUACGCAAGAGGGGAAUCCAGUUGGCAGCGUGCAGGGCAGCAGUGUUAGAGAGCACGGGACACAGGUGUCUGGCGAGUCUCAGGGCCGCGGCCACCAGGGGACGGAACGGCCGGUCAAGAAGUCAAAGUACCAUCCAGAACCGCUUCGGCUGCGUAAGGCGGGCCCCGGGGCACCGAAGGGUACACAGCCCGUGGCAGCAUCCAGCCAGAAGGGACCCCGUGAGGCCGAGUCGCCUCUACAAAGAAAUCUUUUGCGAGCCCUUACCAAGCCCUUGCCUCCGAGCCCGGGGUCGAAUCCGGGCCUCCUACACCACAUCAACCCCCGGCGCGCCAGCGCCAGCGACGAACAUCCGGUCGGCCACCAACUCCGGAAGGGGGUUUAG